AUGAGCUAUUCUCAACAAAAGAUAUUAGAUGCCUGGUUCAAACCGUUACCGCUUGAGGAGUAUUGUGAUUUGGUGAAGGACAAUAUUCCAGAAAACAUCCCCAAGACAGACUCUUGCCCAAAGGAUUACAGGUUGGGCAGGCUAGACAUAGCAUGUGGACCACUAGUGAGAUUUUUGGCGUCCCAUGAGAAUAACUCAAAUAAUUACAGGGGCUCGAUUAUGAUUGUCGUGAGGAAUAUUGAUGACGGCAUCGACGUCCCCACUCUGCAGUUUGUCAUUGGACCAUCUGUUUCAGACGGUACAAAAGAGCAUUCCAUUGCCGAAGAAGCUCCAAUCGAUUCAAAAGUUAUCUAUAAGGAGCAAAAUUUCACAUUUAUUCGAUACUCAUUUAUGUUCCAGCUAAAAGAAUUUGAACAAAGGGUUAGAUACUCAAUUGAUGGUGAUUUCAAACCGCACUUUCAGUUUUUCCUACCUUCCUCCUUGAAAUCAAUGAAUGUCAUGUCUUACUCCUGUAAUGGAUUUUCCUUGGCAGUGGAAACUGAAUCUUUUAAGAGUUCCCUUUGGCUAGACGUUUUACGUAAACAUAAUCAAACCAAUUUCCAUUACCAUGUGAUGGUAGGCGGUGGUGACCAAAUUUAUGCAGAUAGUGUGAAGAAUAGCUCUACUGAGCUCGCUAAAUGGCUAAAACAUAAACAUCUACAUGCAUAUGAGAAAAGUACCCCUGAAAUGGUGGAAUCCCUGAAUGACUUUUAUCUCAACCAUUAUAUAAAAUGGUUUGGAAAAGGUUACUGGGAAGGUAUCAAUGGUAAAACCAUCCAGGCUGCAUAUCCAAUUGCAUUGUCUACUAUUCCGCAAAUUAACAUUUUUGAUGAUCAUGAUAUCAUUGAUGGGUAUGGGUCAUAUAAGGAUAUUACAAUGCGUCAGGAUAUUUUCAAAACACUUGGCCAACGUGCUUUCUUUUAUUAUAUGUUAUUCCAACACCACACUCAUCCGGAUGAGCCAACAGAACCAGAAUCUUCAUGGAUCAUUGGGAAAAAACCUGGUCCUUACAUCAACCAGCUAUCGAGAUCUGUGUUUGCCAAAUUAGGAAGAAAUAUUGGAUUUCUAGGUAUGGAUAACAGAACUGAGCGUACCAAGAAGCAGGUAGUGAUGCCAGAAACUUACGAUGCGAUUUUUAAUAGAUUGGAAGAUGAGGUUUCAAAAUCAGAAAGUGCCGGCAAACCACUAAAACAUCUCUAUGUCUUGUUGGGUGUCCCCAUCUGCUAUCCAAGGAUGGUAUUUUUAGAACGACUUGCAUCAUCACCACUAGCGAGACCCUUAAAGUUUCUUGCUCGUCAUGGAGUAAUUGCAAGGGGAUUAGUUAAUGAGUUUGAUGGUGAAAUAGAGUUGUUGGAUGACAUGGAAGACCACUGGUGCUCUCAUCAUCAUAAAAAGGAAAGAAAUGCUUUAAUGAAAAGACUCAUUGCAUUUGGGCAUGAACACAGCAUUAGAAUUACCAUCUUAUCAGGUGAUGUUCAUCUAUGUUGCAUUUCAAGAUUUAGAGAUGACUCUGGUAGAAAAUCAUACAAAUCCCCCGAAAACGAUCCCAGCUUUAUCAUCAAUCUUAUUUCAUCAGCAAUUGUAAACGUUGCACCACCUGACGGAAUGGCAAAGUUUUUGUCGUAUCGUGCAAAGGAGCACAUUUUUGAGAGUUUUAUCAAGGAAGACAUGGUACCGCUUUUUGAGCUUGAACCCGCAAGCAAUAAGAAACGUGCUACCAAUAUGUUUAUGAACAAAAGAAACUACGCGGACUUGGUCCCUGUGGAAAAUAUAUCUACUGAAUAUAAAAGUGAAAGGUUUGGAGUUGACACGGCAAACAAAUACUUCGUUCCUGGAGCAGUCGAUGGACCUUCUCUUAGUAUAACAUACGAUGAGAAUAAACAUGAAAGUUCCAAAACUAAUGGCAAGAUCGGCUAUCCAUUUGAUGAGGAUGGCAUUUUAGCAACCCUGCAUGUUGAGGUUGAUCACAGUGAUGUCAGCAGCAAAACCGGAGAUUACGAUUUUGUUGUCCCUUCGUUAAAGUUAUCUGAUUAA